AUGGGUCAAUAUUUCUUAACAAAGAGGUUUCCGUGGCCGUGGUCGAAGAAAGACACAACACAGGAUGAGACCAGCCCGCUCUUACCAAAGUCAGGAGCUGCCAAAGAGGAGGAUGAGGAGCUUGGCCCUGUCGUUAAUGAUUUUCAAACAGAAACAAACGUUGGUCAGGAAAACAACCCCACGUUUCCAAAAACCCAGCCGCACUACAGUUACUCUGUGACGGACUAUUUCCUGAAGUUCUGUCUGUUUUUCGGCAACCUGGUGUUCAGCGUUCUGGGCCUGGUGGUUCUCUGUGUGGGAGUCUGGGGCCUGGUCAGCAAAGAGUCGUUUGCCCAGGAGAAGAUCGGCACUCUCGGCACCGACCCGAUGCUGGUGCUCUUGACCCUGGGCUUUCUGCUGGCCCUGCUCUGCCUGACAGGAUGCGUUGGGGCCAUGAGAGAGAACAGCUGCUUACUGAAGGUGUUCUCGGCCACGGUGCUGCUGCUCAUCACAGCUCAGGUGUUGUUCGCCAUUGUGGUCUACAGCUUGCAAGACCAGAUCGAAGGCUACCUGCGGUCGGGGUUGUUGAUGGCCAUGGCACGCUAUCAGGAUGAUUUGGAUCUGAGGUUCAUCACGGAUGAGAUCCAGUCGGGCCUGCAGUGCUGUGGGGCCGAUACUUACCGUGACUGGGAAGUCAACAUGUGA